CUAAUUUAUUUUUAAUUGGAAUUUGAUUUUCAAGCAAGAAAGCCACCUUUGAAACACUUUUGGGAGCAGAUAUGAUAAGAAACAACAUAAAGGCUUGAACUGUUUCUGUAUUGUUUAAUAGAAAAUGAAUCCUCACCUCAAUCUAACAGAGCAAAACCGACUUAAGUUGUGGGAUAAUAUCAGAUUUGAUUCCUUUCUCCCGUGCACGGUUUACCUGUUCGUAUCUUUAACUGUGGGAGUUCCCGGGAAUAUUAUCGUGUUAUAUGUCUACGGAUUCCGUCUACGAGGUAGACACAAUGGUCGUUAUUUCAUUCCAUAUCUAGCUGUGGCGGAUCUACUGGCUCUGAUAUUAUCAGUGGCGUUACAUGCCAUGUCUAACUUCUUCCCUGUUACAUUCAAAUAUAAUGAACUGUGUAGCUGGAGUUUCACAUUGGCAUUUUUAACAACCAUUCUCUCCGCUUUCAUUCUUUUGAUAAUCUCGGUACAACGAUACCUGAAAGUAUGCAAACCAUUUGGUGGACAGAUGACUCUGUUUUGGAGGCGCAUGUCUUUGUUGCUUUCAUUAAUUUUAUCCAUUGGGCUUGCUAUUCCGUCGUAUUUUACAUUUGGAUCAGAGAAUGUAUACAACGAAGAACUGAACGUGACAGGAAGUGCUUGUCGAAGACUUACCUCUACAACCCAAACAGCGUCUUUAAUCCACAGUGUCAUCUGUGCUUUGUUUAUGUUAGCUGAAGCAAUUGCACUCACCAUUCUAUAUGCAGAAAUAGCCAAAGUCAUAUUUCGACGGAAGAAGGAACCUUUGUCCACAUUUUAUCAGGCCAACUCAAAAGAAAAUGACAAGAAAAAGAACAAUAAUGUCUCUUUGAUGUUUAUGAUUAUUACAAUAAUCUUCAUUAUAUCUUUCAUAACAAGACUUGUUACGUUUAUUUUGGAGAGUGCAAUAGUUGGAAUUUGGGAGAGACUCUCUGUUACAGAAUAUGGCGUUGUUAGAAUGAUUGAGUUAUUUUAUAUCAUUAACCAUUUGGCGAACCCUUUUAUUUACGCUUUUAUGGAUGAUAAAUUCAUAUCAGAACUCAAAAUUGGACUGUUUUGCAAAACAAAGCUGGAAACAGAUACGCCAGAAAAUACAUAGGUGUCAUAACAUAGUAAU